AUGCGGCAGCAGCAGCAUGGUAUGAUUGACCUCGGGGCUAUUGGAGUCAAUAUGCUGCCGCUGCAUGGCGCAGAAGAUCAGCGCCAGCGCCAGUACCAGCAAUCCCAUUCAGAGCGCAGAACACUAUUGCAGACCCCUCCCCCUCGCACUCCUGCUGAAACACCACCGUCAUCGUCUCAGCGCCGCCUCAGGAGGACCUCGCGCUUCACAGCUACCCCCAGCCCGACACCAGAAGAGGAGCCGCCGCGUAGCUCUCCCGGCGUUGUCGUCAGUCUCGACCCUCGAGGCCGAUACGUUCUCGCCAGAGACGAUCAACUCAAAUCGAGUGGUGCCGAACAGCCCAAGCCCCCUCCGCGGACAUCCUCCCAGUACCACCGGCUGUCGAAAGCCGCUGGCUCCCGCUCCGGCCAGGCUGGACUGCAUCCUGCACUCCGGAUCUCCAAGCACACGCAUAGUGCCAUUCUCUUUACUCUCGAGGAAGCCCUGAGAGGUCCCACCGACUUCACACCGGAUUACGUCGAGGAGUUCUCGCAGAUGGCGGACCUGCUGGCCAGUAGCUCGGCCAAUGGCAACGGAGCUACGCCGCCCCGGCCGACCGCCGCUAUCCGGCCCGUCGGCUCUCCCUCUGGCAUCCGCGGUCCUAGAAUGAUCAUGCAAGAGCGUGCGGCACGAGAGGCCAGGCAGCGUGAAGAGCGAGAGCUCAAGGAGAGAGAGCGAGAAUAUUCUGAGCGCGAAGCCCGGCUCCAGGCCGAAGCCAUUCGCAGGGAAGAGGAGCGCCAAGCAACUGCAGCUGCCACUACUGCUACUGGCGUUGGCGCUGGCCAAACGAGCCAUGCGUCUAAUGUGGGCGCUGACCCUGCCAGUACACACCGGCGAAAUCAGUCAUCCUCGACCAGACCAAGAGUCGACAAUAACCCCCGUCCUUCCACUACUGCCCGCCCGUCAGGCAACACCCAGGCACAAAGCGGACAGCGCAUGGAGCCAUCCACGACAAUCCCAGCCCAACCGAUCCCCUCUGCGCCUGUUCCAAGCCAGGGAAACAUCUCGUCAUCAGAAGCUCAAAGCGUGGGCAAUGCAGCAUCACGGCCAAGAAACUCAUUCCCGCAUGCUUUCGAGCGAUGGGAAACCCUGUCGGCGCACUGGGAAGGCCUCACAAGCUUCUGGAUCAGACGGCUGGAACAGAACAUGCAGGACAUCCCAGACGAUCAAGUUACCAAGCAACUUGCUCGCCAAGUGACAGAUUUGUCAUCAGCUGGUGCAAAUCUCUUCCAUGCCGUUGUCGAGCUGCAGCGUCUUCGAGCGUCGUCGGAGAGGAAGUUCCAACGCUGGUUCUUCGAGACCCGCGCCGAACUUGAGCGCAACCAAGAGGUCACCGCCAUGCUGGAGACCGCCUUGGAGGAGGAGCGCAGAAGUCGAGCCGAGGCGAUUCAAGAGGCCGUCAAGAACGAACAGGGAAGCGAGAAGCUUCUGAAGACAAUCGCCGAGAUGCGGAAGGAAUUGACAAUUUCAAAAGAGGAAGCGCGCAGAGCUUGGGAAGAGCUUGGUCGCCGAGAACAAGAGGAGCGGGACCGUACAGCCUCUCUGCAGCAAGGAUAUCCCACGAUAGUUGGUGGCGUUCAGGUUGUGCCGAUGACGCAGAGCUUAGGUCGUGGUGCAAGCCAGCGAGAUCCUCAAGUAUACGGCCGGUCAGAUGUUGAAGGCUCGCCUGCGCGCUCGACGGCGACUCGACCAGAAUACAGCCAAGCGCCUGCUGUGCAACCGGUCACCUCGGCUGCAAGCAGCGCCACGUACCAGGCGCCAGGCUCCGGAGUCCAGCGACAACAGAGCUACGCCUCGACAGCAACGUACAGCGAUGGUGAGUACAUCAUCGAUGCCCAGGGGCAGUUCGUCCGUGACGCCCAGGGAUUCAAGAUCCCGUUUCGCUCGGUGCAUUCGGAAGGCUCUGACGCUGGAGCAGAGGAUUUCGAGACGCCAGCCACGCAACCUGGUGUUUACCAGCCCACGGGCAACCUGCCUCCCCCACAGCAGACACAACAGCAGCAGCAGUCUCAGCAGCAGGCACCCCAACAAGGCCAGGGUCCUGACUAUUCAGGCGAUGGGUUCUCGGCACCGGGCUGGGAGUCGAUGCCCCGUCAUCACCACCCUACACGGUUGAGUGAUGUGCUUGAGGAAGAAGAGGAGCGUAGCCGGACAAGCGCAAGCCAAAGUCAAGUGAGUCGUGGUUAA